GCUGAUGAUCAGUUGGUUUGGGAGGCAUUUCGGUUGGGAAGCGAGAAACCUUACACUACACACGUCCAAUAAUGACUUAGACUGAAUCCUGCACAAGUUAAGAAAGCAGGUUCAGAUGCUGAAAUCCCGGGAAUCCUGUGUCCGAUCGGGAUGAGCCUGUAAAUGAUCCGGCGUGGGAUCGUCCCGCAGCGAUGGAGGAGAACACAGCGGAGGAGCUGGGAAACACUGGGAUCAAAAACACGACAGAAUUUGCUGGAUCGGGAGAGAAGGAUCAUGGGAAGGGUGCUGGGAUCGAGGUGAGGCUGGAGAACGAGUCGGUGUGGAGCCGCUUCCACAGUCUGGGAACGGAGAUGAUCCUGACGGAUCGGGGAAGACGCAUGUUCCCGUGCUGCCGGUUCCGGCUCACCGGAUUAGACCCGAGUCUCAGCUACUCCCUCCGGAUGGAGUUCACUCCGCUGGAUGAUUUCUCCCACCGAUGGAACGGGGAAUCAUGGGAGCGUGACGGAGCGGCGGAUCCUCAGCGUCCGGAGUGUGUUCGUCCCGACUCUCAGCGUCCGGGGUGUGUUCAUCCCGACUCUCCGGCUCCGGGUCAGCACUGGAUGGAGGGCCCGGUCUCCUUCUAUAAGGUGAAGCUCACACACUCCUCUCCGGAUCGGGACCGGGAGAACUCCGGAGUGCUCCUGCUUCCCAUGCGCCGCUACAUGCCUCGACUCCGCGUGAUUCCCGCGUAUCCCGAGCCUCAUCCCGACGGAUACGUGUUCUCGUUCCCGCUGACAGAGUUCUACGCGGUGACCCGCUACCAGAACCCGCGGAUGACCCGGAUGAAGAUCGACUGCAAUCCCUUCAUGCUGGCGUUCCGAGAGGACGAGUCCAGCGCUCGCCUCAUCCAGGAUAAACUGGGAUUGGCUCCGAUCGGCAGGUGUUCGUCUGAGGACGAUCCCAGCGGGAAUACUGGAGAUCAGCAGCACAGCUCAACACGUCCCGAGUCCCGUGGAGGAAUCCUGUCUCCUGACGGCCCUGAUCCGGCAGUCGUGAGGUCGGGUCCGGCGAGGUCUCGGAUCAGUCGAGCGCUGAAGCCCGUGAGCAGCCGCUGGAGUCCCGCUCCUCCCGCUAGCGAUCCGGCCGGUGUUCCCAGGCGUGUGCGGGCCCGGCGCUCGAGGGGAGCGUGGAAGCCCAAGGCUAAGCGUUGGUCCAAUGUGAGGUACUACAGAUCCGCGGGCCGGGUCAACAGAGCGGCGGAGCCGGACGUGCGUCUGCAACCCGACCUGGAGGACGUGGACGGAGUUCUGUUCGUCUCCUUCACUGCCAAGGAGGCGCUCGAUGUUCAUGUGGGAAACAUGAGGAAAUCUGUGCACUCGACUCCAGCAUCACACACACACACAACACACACCCAGAUGGAGAUCCUGCCACCUGAUCCCGGUUUAACGACAGCAGAGCGAAUCUCUGAGCAAGAGCUCGAGUUACUGACACACCUGAAGCAGCUGAAGAACAGACAGAUCCUCCAUCCUGCGCUGCAACACGUGGGGCUGAAGCUGAGUGUCCUGGAUCCGCUGUCCCCCAUAGACCUGCAUUAUCUCGGUGCUCCGCUGCCUCCGCCGGCGCUCACACCAUCCUCCCCUACGGGCUUCGUGUCUCGGACCGGGAAGACGAACGACGUGACGCGGAUCAAGGGCUGGAUGGAGAAGUUCAGCUCGAAGACUGCAGCUGACAGCAACCGUUCUGCCUUCUGCUCGGACAUGUUGGACGAGUAUCUCGCGAGUGAAGGCCAGCGGAUCAGUGAUCGCGCGGCUGUGUUCUCCGCUAGCUCUCCGGCGCCGGUGGCCUAUCAGCUGCCCGUGCGAAGCCAAAGCUACGUGCGCACGCUAGCCAGUGUCCUCCAGACGCGGCGCGUGUUUCCGUACACACCUCCAGCGCUCGGCGUGCGCUCGUCCUCCAGGAGCAGCUCUCAGCGCUCGCUUCAGGACCAGCAUCAGGACCAUGAUCCUCCAGUGUCCCGCGUGACGCUCGGGAAGGUGCGUUCCAGGCGCGGGAGAAAGCGCCGGCGGCUCCAGCUCAGGUUUAACAGAGACGCUGAUGAUGGAUCCGCUAAUAGUCUCGCGCAGCUCUUGAUACACGAAGAACACGCCGUGGGUCAUGGGAAGGAUUCCGCUUGCAUCACUAGCGAGAGAGCGAGCUUCGCCUUGAGUUCACUGCUAACGUCAGAGCCCGCGGUGAUGACGACGCAGCUCCGCGCGCGGGAGGCUAGCGGCGACUCUUGCGCUCAGCUCUUCUGCCGGCUGGGGUGUGUGUGUGAGAGUCUGGGCCGAGAGAUCCGCGGGCCCACACACUGCAGACGCGUGCAGUGCAUGUUCAGCUGCGGCUGCUUCAAACACAAGAUCCUCCUGAUCCGCUCGCCGGAGCCCAUGCUAAUGCACAGCGCUAGCGGCCUCAUGGCCUUCCCCGUUGACCCCGGAUCAGGCACCCGACCCGCUCCAGCUCUCCCGGUGACCUGCCUGUGGAGGAGGAGUGUGUGUGAGGGCGAUCCUGAGCCGCUCUUCGCUCCCAGACCAGCAGCAACACGAGCACUGCUCUCACACACACACACACACCGGCCCAGAGCUCAGUCGCGGUCACAGGCUCAAGGUCAGGCUCAGGGUCAAGGUCAGGAGAAGGAGAAAGAGAAGGAGAAGGAGAAGGAUCCGGUGUACCUGUUUCUGGAGAGCAUGAUGACUUGUGCUCGUGUGAGAGAGUAUAACAGCAACCCUCCACCUCAGGUGCACCUACUGCCGGCCCGGAGACCUGACGAAGCGGUGAACGGCGUGUCUCAGAUGCUGACGUCUCAGACUGCAGCGGCCGGAGCGCCAGAGCCCACUAAAAUGCUGGAGAUCAUCUCUGGGUGCAACUGGGAGUCGCACCGGUCUCUGGUGCUGAAGGAGCUGUUCCGCUCCAUCCACUCCGACCGGCUGUCCGCGCUGCGCUCCAUCGACGGCUACCGGGUGGAGCUGCUCUCACAAAACCUCAUAGCGGACGCGACCAGCUCCACGCUAACGUACAAGGUGUGCAUUUCCCUGCUGGAGAAGAGCCUGGAGACGGCCGAGCCGAGGAAGGAUGACGGCAAGCCCCGAGCCGAGCGUGUGAGGAACUCUUCUCAGAGAGUCAGCAGGACGAACAAGCGCGCUAAUGCGGACGCCGGCGAGACACGAGCUAAUCGCUUCCCUCUUCUGUCGCGCGUCGCUCCCGCUGGGUAUCUGACGGCGGAGACGAAGACGGCGGUGUGCUCCGGAUGUAUUAAGGUGAAUGGAAAAGCCUACACUCAGGCCAAGCUGUGUCUGGGUCGAAUGGGAGCGCUUCAUCCAGCCAAUCGGCUGGCAGCGUAUCUCACCGGCAGGAUCCAACCAGCGUCCAUAAACUCCAGAUCCCAGUCCAAACCAGUGCCUGUGAACUCCAGAUCCCAGUCCAAACCAGCACAGCUCCGGGAGACGAGGGACACCCCGCACACAGCGGACCAGAUCAAAGCAGCUUUCAGAGCGCCAGCCACGCAGACUCUGGCCAUCUACCAGGCUCCCGACGGCAUCAAGCGCACUCCAACACUCUACAUAUUCUCACAUGUUCAUAAUCCUGCAGCUCCAGCUUCAACAUCCAAUCAUGUGACAUCAUCACAGCCUGGGCUAAUCCUGACCGCUGUAGCUCCGCCCCUUUCUUGUGCGACCACGGUAGCUCCGCCCCUCUCUGACCCAACUGAUGUAGCUCCACCCCUCUCUGGCCCAACUGCAGUAGCUCCGCCCCUAUCUGACCUGACCGAAGAAGCUCCGCCCCUCUCUGACCUAACUGAUGUAGCUCCGCCCCUCUCUGGCCCAACUGCUGUAGCUCCUGCCCUAUCUGACCCGACCGCAGUAGCUCCGCCCCUCUCUGACUCAACCGAUGUAGCUCCGCCCCUAUCUGACCCGACCGAAGUAGCUCCGCCCCUACCUGACUCAACUGAUGUAGCUCCGCCCCUACCUGACCCGACCAAAGUAGCUCCGCCCCUAUCUGACCCGACCACAGUAGCUCCGCCCCUCUCUGACUCAACCAAUGCAGCUCCGCCCCUAUCUGACCCGACCGAAGUAGCUCCGCCCCUACCUGACUCAACUGAUGUAGCUCCGCCCCUACCUGACCCGACCAAAGUAGCUCCGCCCCUAUCUGACCCGACCACAGUAGCUCCGCCCCUCUCUGGCCCAGCUGCUGUAGCUCCGUCCCUCUCUGGCCCAACUGCUGUAGCUUCGCCCUUCUCUGACUCAACCGAUGUAGCUCCGCCCCUCUCUGGCCCAACUGAUGUAGCUCCGCCCCCCUCUGGCCCAACUGAUGUAGCUCCGCCCCUCCCUGACCUGACCGCUGUAGCUCCGCCCCUCUCUGGUGCUACCGCUGUAGCUCCUCCCCUCUCUGACCCAACUGCUGUAAGUCAGCCCACUGUGGCUCCGCCCCUCUCCCCGACGGUGACGGUCCUCCCGGCCUCCGCUCUGGCUCCGGGUCAGCAGGUCGUCCUGCAGCCGGUUGCAGGGAUGAUGGGAGUGAACAUGUGUCAGUUCAACGGGCAGACGAUCCAGCUGGUGCCGGUGCCCUCGGCGUCCCCCGUGCCCAGCGCAGGAAGUGCUCAACAGGAAGUUCAAACAUCUACGCAACGACCUCGGGCAACCAAAUCUGUGUUAAAUCCAGCACCUUCCCCAAAGCUUGUUCCCUUCAUCGCCCCCAGAAUCCUCUCUGCGCCGGGAAACUCCAGCUUCACCUUCGGGAGCGCCGCACACAGCGGGUUUCCAGCCAAGAACAACAUGCUCUCCUUCCGGAUCUUCCCGCCGGCGUCCUCGGGCCUCCAGCACACAGAAGCAGGAGGAGUCGGGUCCUCGGUGCUGCUCCCUGGAGGAUACAGGCUGAUCAGACUGCCCAUGGUGGUCCAGCCCGCUGUGAACCCCGAGAGAGGCCCGUCCGGGUCCACGGAAAGCCCACGGGAAGACGCACACCGAUCCUGCGCUCCCAUCAAAGCAGAACCCAGCGAAACGACACUCACCGCUAAAGUGGAGCCUUGCAGCGAGUCCCCGCGAACGGGCGCUGUGCACAUCAAGAUCGAGCCUUAUGAGGAAAUCCACCAGAACCGCGACCCGGACGCAGUCUCGACGCUCAAAGCGGAGGAACCGGACCCUGACCCCAACCCCAGACCCUCCGAGCGCGCCGGCCCGCCUCCUCACCCCACAAACAUCAGCGGAGAUUUCUCCUGCUCUUUAUUCACGAGUCCGAUCUCUGCGUUCUCAAAGCGAACGUUUGCCGUGGCUCCGACCCAAACACACACACCAGAAGCGCCGCACACACACACUGUGGACCGGGACAGAAGGAGGGAGGAGGGCCAGAACCGCAUCCAGUGGCUGUGGAAGAGAAGUGCGCCGGCUCGGGUCUCGGAGGGUUCUGGUCUCGCUGCUGACGGCUCCGGCGCUGCGCUCCUGUACUCCAGCGACGGCUGGACCACCGAAGACAGUAAUGAGAAGAGCAGUGAAGACGAGGUUGACAUCGAGGCGUUCGGGGAGGAUGAGGAGAGGAUCAUCGGCCGCCUGAGAGCCAAGGCCCAACGGACCACAGCGCGAGCAGCUCCACACCGCCGGCUCCUAAAGGCUAAAUUGUUGGGAAAAACAUCCCAUCAUGCAGUGCGGUUGAUGUCAGAUCUGCCCGUGUACAAGCGCACGUUUCGUCUGAAUCAAGCGCUGAGAGAGAGGAAGCGUCAGGUUGAGUUGAAUCAGAGUUUGGAUUCGUUGAGGAGGACGCUGUGUGUUGAAGACGACAGCAUGAGCACCGAAGACCUGCUCCGUCAGGCUCGUCAGGUGGUUGGAGCUCUCGAGGACCACGGCAGGUCUUUGAUGGCACAGAAACGGGCUUUGAUUCAGCAGCAUUCUCAUUAUCAGACCCUGAUCUCACAGUGCUCUGUGGCGGGAACAGAAUUACAUGUUGAACAGAAAUCAGCAGCUCCUUCAUCAGACACACCUCAGUCAGUGGUGAAGAGACACUCACGCCUGCCGAACAUAGUCCUGAAGUCCUUCACCAGUCCUUCACCAGUCCUAAACCAGUCCAUCAACAGUCCUUCACCAGUCCUAAACCAGUCCAUCAACAGUCCUUCACCAGUCCUAAACCAGUCCAUCAACAGUCCUUCACCAGUCUUAAACCAGUCCAUCAACAGUCCUUCACCAGUCCUAAACCAGUCCAUCAACAGUCCUUCACCAGUCCUAAACCAGUCCUAAGUUUUUUGUUUGUUUUUGUACAGUGUUUGUAAAAAGCAGUUGUGUAAAUAUCACUCAGGUAAUGACUUGAUAACGAGCUCGUUCACCCACAUUGGGGAGAUAUCUGUCUUCUUGUUUAAUGCUAAACAUUUUUGCACAGUCUAUGGAUUAUGGAUUUGUUCAAGCCGAUUUAUUUUUGUGAUUUAUGAAUCAUGCUUGAGUUGGCGAGGCCUGUGUUCGUUUUCUGUCAUUUGAAAUCAUUAAAUUAGUCUGAGAGAUUGGAUCAGAUUGAUCUUCAUGCAUUAAUCUUGUUUUGUCCGUUUUUAAAUUAUGCACAUUCACCUCUUUAUCAUAUUGGACCCGCCUCAGGAUUGGGUUCAUGUUACGGCCUUGUGCAAAAAUAAACUGUAUAUCCAGAAA